CGCAGUCCCGUCUGAAUUUUGAAACAAUGGCGGUGUUGCUAGAAACAACAUUAGGCGACAUCGUAGUGAAUUUAUACACCGAGGAAAGACCCAAAGCAGCCUGCUUGAACUUCUUGAAGCUGUGUAAAAUCAAGUACUACAACUACUGCCUCAUUCACAAUGUCCAGAGAGAUUUUAUCGUCCAGACUGGAGACCCUACGGGCUCUGGCCGAGGAGGAGAGUCCGUGUUCUGUAAGCUGUACGGGGAUCAGGCACGCUUCUUCGAUGCUGAGAAGGUUCCAUGGAUCAAGCACAAGAAGAAGGGCACCGUCUCCAUGGUGAACAAUGGCAAUGAGCAGCACGGUUCUCAGGUUCUAAUUUUAUAUAUAUAUAUAAUAUUUAUAUAUUUAUAUAUACGUUAGUUUAUUUUAUGAAGUUAACACAUGCAUGUCUUGUGAUAUUGAUUGGAUUUUCUUCUUUGAUAAACAUAAUUGCUUUAGUUUUUGUGUUUUAUAUGUUAAUACGCUCGUCGUCGUUAACGACUUAAUUUUAAAAUAAAUAAAUAAAUAAACAUAAUGUAUUGUGUUACUGUGUUUGUAAUUCUUUAUAUGAUCUGUCUACUGACUGCGUCCUUUACAGCAAUACAUCAACUGCAUGAUAUUAUUAAAUGAUUACGUUUUUCCUCAAAUGUUUUUCCAGUGAAGGUUUUAUUUUAUUCUGUUUUUUAUUAUUAUUCACGAACCAGGUUUAAUAAUGUCCUUAACAAGAGACGACUGUAGCUACCGGUUUAGCAUUACACAGACUGCAUGUCUAUAUCAUGACACGUUCCGCUCAAAAACAUUGUUUGUGUCAGUAAUACAGUUUCACAAAAUGCAGAGUAAAUUCUAUUACAGACAUUAAAUACCCAAACCAAAUCUCUCUCUGUCUGUCUUUACUGUCAUUACUGAUAAAAUAAAGUGUGUGGGGUAGAGUAGGAGUUCUGUAACAUGCAGAAAUCAGUCUGAGAGUGUUUAGUCUUUAAUAUAAUGAUGGACUGAAUCUGAAGGAAGAAAUGAUUAACAGAGGAGUGUUUAUAAUCUCUCCGUCUUUGUGCUCCUCCUCCAAAACCACCUCCUCAUACACACAGAGAACCAGGAAGUUCAUUUCAAAGGCUGUUAUUAGAGUUGUUUACGAUUGCUAUCACAAGUUUUUCAAUACAUUGAACAAUUUUCCUAAAUUCUUAAGUUAGCACAACAUCCGUCUGUGUAGGCUGUACAAUUAACACAUUUCUUGUUGCUUUGACACAAAACGCGUACAGUUAACACACAUUUAAAAUGCUUGAACUUCUUUUACACACGAGCUCAACCAAGACCGAAACAGUGGAUUUGUACUGCCAAAUGUACAAAUGCUUUCACACUGUAUGUCAGAACAGAUCACAUCAUGUUCUAAACCUAACUUAUAGGAUAAAGUCAAAGUGAACAGCUGUUCAUACUGUGAAUUGAAACACGUAUAUAUCCCCUGUAUUUUAUUCCACUGCUACUGAGAAACAGCUGAUUGAAGUUGGGCAAAUAGAUCAAUCACGGCUGAUUCCCAGCUAGGAAACACACUCAGGUGUUGAGCUUCUUUCAAUCGCACGACCAUAUGGUAUACAGUAAAAGAGGACCUCUUUGGGCUGAUCUUGUGUGGAAAAGGAACAAUAUAGAGCAGGGGUGUCAAACUCAAUCGCACAGGGGGCCGAAACUCGAGUCACACUUUAGGUCGCAGGCCGAACAGGAUAAACAUUUAUUGAACAGACUAAAACUUAACGUUUUUCGAACAUAAAUAUGAAUCGAAACAGACCGGAUACAAUAUUAUUCUGAAAUAAAUAAACUGUAAAUAACUUUAAAAAUAUUGCCCUCCAUAAAAAUAUCUACUGUCAAAAUUAUACAAAUUCAAAAUAUGAACGUGCUGCAAAAAAAAAACCCUGAAAAUAUGAAUAAAAAUUGUGCUUUUAAGUAAAAGUUAAAAUAAUAACAAAUCAAAACAUUUCAUUUUCUUUGCACUUAUGCCAUUUUGUCAGAGCUGGAUGCUUGGCAUCUUUUCUUGGCAACAAGUUCGUUUAUGUUUGGGGUAAGCUUCUGUGUGGUGGAGAUUCUCAGGAUGGACUGCAGGCGUUCAUCAGUGAGACGACUCCUGUGUGAUGUUUUGUUAGUCUUCAUCACAGAGGACAGCUUCACACACAGAUAUGCGCUACCAAACACGCACAAGGUUCGAGCCGCAUGUAGACGGAGCUGGGGCAUUGCAUCAGGAAUGAAGCGAGUAGACUGUGCGGGCCCCGCGGUGUCGUGCUCUGUCUUUAGUGUCCCAUUACACUGCAGCUCUAUCAGCUCCAUCUGAAUCUGUACGGGUGCAGUUUCCACCUUGACGGCAAAUGGGUUGUGAAGCAGCUCGAAAUGACUUUUCUGUGCUUCAACGUCACCAAAGCGCCGUGCGAACUCAGUGCGAGGUGCGCUCAGUUUAUCAGCAAAGUGUGCAUUUGGGAACACCGCGGCGCUGACUUGGUUCAACAUUACUUGGCAACAGGGAAAGUGAGACGAGUUGCAUUGGUGCAUUUGUGUCUCCCAUCGAUUUUAACGUCCAAUGUUUCCUCUGUAACGCACAAACUGGAGUCCACUCCACGAAUGAAGAUGGCCAGCUGUGCAGUAUCAGUCAUGUCAGUACUUUCAACAGCAAGGGAGUAUGCAACAAGGUCUUUGCCUCUUUCAAUCAACUGUGUUUUCAAAUCAGUGGCCAUCUCACAAACCCGAUCGGCAACCGUAUUUCUGCUAGGGCUUACAUUUGGAAACACCUGCUUUUUGUCUGGACACAAGACGUCGCACCCUUUCAUCAUGCAGCUCUUCAGAAACUCUCCCUCGGUAAAUGGCCGGGCUGAUUUGGCUCUCUCCUCUGCCACAAUAAAACUUGCUUUCACAGCAGCUUCACUUUGUGAUUUUGCCUUGGUGAUAAACGUCUGCUGUGAUGUCAGAUUCCUCUUCAACUCUUCGACCUUCUGUAGCUUCUGCUCCGCAUUCAGGUUUUUCAACUUGUCCUGAUGUUUUGUCUCGUAGUGCCGUUUUAGAUUAUAUUCCUUAAUUACAGCCACAUUAGCUCCACAGAGAAGACGCACAGGUUUACCGGCAGUGUCAGUAAACAUGUACCCAGCCUCCCACCGGUUUUGAAAGGCUCUGUUUUCAGAAUCAACUUUUCUCUUGGCCAGUGUUAAGCGCUAGAUUAACUUGAAAUUAGGGUUUCAUACAUCAACAGAUGCUUGAUUGAUCUGACGCAAUGGACGGGAAUGAUGGCAGGUACCCUGUUGCGCUGCAUUAUGGGAUUUGUAGUUUGUGUGUUACUGGCGCUUCAUAUCGCCGAGCCAUUAAAAGAAAGACAUAUAAAAUGAUCUCGCGGGCCGGAUAUGAUUGUACGCCGGGCCGGACGUGGCCCGCGGGCCUUGAGUUUGACACAUCUGCUGUAGACAGUUUCUCUAAAUGGGUUGAGGCUUUUCCGUGUGCGAGUGAAAAUGUUAAAACUUGGCGAAGGAGUACUGCCUGGCCUGACCUUUUACCUGCCGUUCUUACUGAAAUUCGAAGGACGCCAUCUAAAACCACAGGCCUUUCACCCUUUGAGGUGUUAUUCGGACCUUUCCCCGUGGCCUGGAAAAUGUCUACUAACCUUUCUCAUUCCACAGGAAGUGGUGUUGAUAUUCAUCUAGACGACUAGGUGUCUAAAUUGCUUGACGUGUUGUGUACGUGCUAAAUUAAAAUGACCUUUACCCCUCACAGAAACCCACACAUCCUUUUGUUCCAGGAGACCAGGUGUUAUGACCUCAGAAGGACCGAUCCGGAGACAUGCAAGUUGGUCAAAAGCUGUUAACAAAUGAGCUCUGUCCCUUCUAUUUUUCCUCCACCUAUUCUCUGUGACAGGUUGCCCAUUCGGGAACGUACCUGUACCCCUGACGAGGUCUGAGAAUCGGUGAACGUGUCUACAAAAGAAGGAAAUCCUGUCCUGCUGGCUGACCUGAUUCACACUUUACACAUACACAUAUAGUUUUUCCUGUAUUAGCUCUAAUCACAAAACCAAUGACAUGUUUUUACGUUAUUGUCUUUUUCUGUUCCUGUUACUGUGUGUUUUGUUAACCUAUGACUUUCCUUUUGGGUUAUUCUAUGCUAUGCUAGAAUAAAAGAGAGGAUUGAAAGGAAAUUCUCUUGUAUCAUGUACUCUCUUAUAUUAUGAACUGCUAUCUAAUACCUAUGAUGAAUGUAUUCAUUUAAUUACCUCUUUAAAUAAGCUGAUCAACCGCCAUCUUUCUUAUAGCUGGCACAUGUAUUUUCUGUCUCUUGAAAAGACUUAUUUUCAUAGUGUGCUGUGUGUUUUGUUUUGUCUAUCUGGCUGGCACCUGCACCAGUAGAAACCGUCCACGCACUGCCGUUAUC